CAUCGAGCAAUUACAUAUCCUGGAGGUAUACCCUGUAGUUUGAGACCUGUCGCUGUGUCUGGUAGACUUGUAGAUCUCGUCCGUCGUACGCACUCUGCUCUAGUCACGCUUGUGAAUCUGAAGAACCCCCUGGUAGACGUGGUCACCCAACAAUCAGUUGGCGUGUCCCGACACGGCUGCCAGAGUGCGGAGUGGUCCUAUGAUUUCUUAUCAACGGCUUCUCAUUGCUUGCCAACAAGAAACUGCAAGUGGAUUGACUGUCUUUAACGAUUUUUUAAGGCCAAAGUGGAAGACUGUCCGCCUCUAAGAUGUCUGUAGCGGGCUUCAAGAAGCAGUUUUAUAAAGCCAGCCAGAUGGUCAGUGAGAAGGUGGGGGGUGCCGAGGGGACCAAACUGGACGAGGACUUCAAAGACCUGGAAAGGAAGGUAGAUGUGACCAGUAAAGCCGUGGUGGAGGUCAUCUCCAAAACAUCAGAGUACCUGCAGCCUAACCCAGCGUCCAGGGCCAAGCUCUCCAUGCUGAACACCAUGUCUAAGAUCCGAGGCCAGGUGAAGAACCCAGGCUACCCCCAGGCAGAGGGCCUGCUGGGGGAGUGCAUGGCCAAGUACGGCCGCGAGCUGGGGGAGGAGACUAACUUUGGGGGCGCUCUGGUGGACGCAGGAGAGACCAUGAAGAGACUGGCCGAGGUCAAGGACUCCCUGGACAUCGAUGUCAAGCAGAACUUCAUCGACCCUCUACAAGGACUGUGUGACAAGGACCUCCGAGAGAUACAGCACCACCUGAAGAAGAUGGAGGGCCGUCGCCUUGACUACGACUACAAGAAGAAGCGCCAGGGGAAGAUCCCCGACGAGGAGGUUCGCCAGGCGCUGGAGAAGUUCCACGAGUCUAAGGAGGUGGCUGAGACCUCCAUGUACAACCUGCUGGAGACUGACAUUGAGCAGGUGAGCCAGCUGUCAUCUCUGGUGGAGUCCCAGGUACAGUACCACAAGCAGGCUGUGCAGGUGCUGGAGGAGCUGUCAGACACACUCAGGGACAGGAUGAGCGAGGCCCAGUCCAGGCCCCGACGGGAAUACGCCCCCAAGCCCAGACCCAUCCUGGACUUUGGAGACACGGAACAGACCAAUGGCAGCUACACAAACUCCACCGCUGUCCCGCCCUCACGCAACUCAGAGCCAUCUUUCCUACCCGCCAGAUUGUCAUUUCGGAAACACAGACAGCCCUCGGAGCAGCCGUGCUGUAAGGCCCUGUACGACUUUGAGCCCGAGAACGAGGGGGAGCUGGGCUUCAAGGAGGGCGACAUCAUCACCUUGACCAAUCAGAUCGACGAGAACUGGUACGAGGGCAUGCUGCAUGGCCAAUCGGGAUUCUUCCCGCUCAACUACGUAGAAGUGGUGGUCCCUCUGCCCCACUAGAGAGAGAGAGAGAUGGAGAGAUGGAAGGAGGGAGAGAGAGAGAGAGAGAAGACGACUGGAGGAAAGGAGAAGGGGAACGAGAAGCUAAUCGAAUCUCCGCUGUCCUUGACUUCGAUAACAAUAUCAACAACCAUCAUCAUCACAGACUUACCUGUACUCCGACACUUUGGCUUAUUCGCUUGGGGGCGAAAGGUCAGAGGUCAACUCUGAAGACAGCGGCUGUCACAUUCCAGAACAAGAAAAGAAAAAAAACAAGAAAAUGUGAUUAUCGACUGAAUAUCCAAAACGGGAUAUUGAGGAGAAUUGAAAGACGGAGCACUAGAUCGAUGCAGAUCCCCCACACACACACACACCCGCCCUAAAAUGCGUAAGAGAUUUCAGCCAACUGUUCUUCAAUCUUAAAGAGGUAUGCCCAUUAUUUAGCAGCAGAUCUUUGUAGAAACUCUUGUCUUCUUACACAGGCUUCAGUACGUUGUUCUUUUAGCUCCGUGUUGCCUUAUACGUUUUUUUUAUUUUUGUCCGACUCCACAAAAAAACAAACACAUCUGAAGUCACUUUAGCUCCUGACUCAUUUUAUUACACGUGCACUCAGACUUUGUUUACGAUGCAGCUCGACAUGACUGCACAUCUCUCUCCUCCUCCCGUCCCAGACUUUCAGAGGUUUUAACUGGUUUGAACUGUAAUAGCUCCUCCUGCUGGUCAGGAGAGGUAUUGCCACUGUCCACAGUGGACUUGGCCCAGCUCUGCUUGGUCGUAGCCAGGAGAGAUACUCCUCUGCCUUCCCCACGAACCACCAGGAAGUUUGAAACAGGAUGUUUCCUCUUAGUGUUACUCUUACUCUCCACACCUCGCUCUGUGCCUCGACCCUCAUACUGGUCAUCAACCUUCUAGAGUAGCGUGACACUACUUUUGUACUUGUGUACACAAGUUGAAAUGUGAAUUUUUAAACGUCAGGAUUACUUGUGUGUGUUGUCAAACACAGAUACAGGCCUAAGACCCAGAGCCCAACAGUAAAAUUUGAUGUGUAAAAAAAAUAUAUAUACUGUAUAUAUAAAUAAAAACAGAAUCUUCCCCACUCCUCUACACGUCGAGUCAUUCGACAGAGGCCUCAGUGUUCGGCUUGUGUUUUCAAGAGAAGAGCAAAAACAAAGAAGAAGAAACAAAAAAACACUGAAGUAGAACAUUAAACUGUUCGCCUUCUACGAUGUUCUUCAUCCAAAGCAGCGCCCCGGGCCUAGUUCAGACAAGACUGUGUGUCGACUGCUUUAGAAGCCCUCCUCCAGGGGCCUUCGUGUGCAGCUCUGAGAGGGGCCCGGGGCCUGAGGGCCUGGCUGGCUGGGGUCCCUGGGAGGGGUCCACCAGCCCAGCGACCGCACACACCUCCACACACACACACACCUCCGCACACCCCUGACUCCCUCCGCUUCCCAAGUGGCGACUGCUGGCAGCCGCACACACACACGCACACACACUGUCUCACGCAGACACACACACACACUGUCUCACGCAGACACACACACACGCACACACACUGUCUCACGCAGACACACACACACACACACUGUCUCACGCAGACACAGUGGACAUCUGCACUCUGCAGACACACGUUCCACUGUGUGUCGGGCUGAGGACAGACUGAUACUGUGAAGAUCUCGAGUGUGUCUACAGACACGCAUGUUGUUCACGCUCACCAGUCACUGAUAGAUAUGCACACACACACACACACGCUCACCAGUCACUGAUAGAUAUGCACACACACACGCUCACCAGUCACUGAUAGAUAUGCACACACACACACAGUGUAGAUCCACCGUAUGGGAGGAAUGGGACUAAAGAUGAGUACCUAGGGUGAAUGGUCCUUUAGUGACACUGUGUGUGAUCAUUCUGCAACCCCAGCUUCUACAUGUUUACAGGCCCUGUCUAGGGGGGGUUUACUGGUGGUGUAGAGCGGCCAUCUUGGAAGAGGGACAUUGGGUGCUGACUGGAUCACACACAAGGUAGUCCAAGAUAACAUAACUUGUAGUUCCGUUGCUAUAACAACAUCCUGGAGAUUCCAGAAUCUGGCACUUUUCUGGACUUGCCUUUGUGCACAUGUAUGUGCGUGUGCCUAUAAGGCACUACACACUUUUUAAAAAGGGUUAUUUCUGUCUAAUCUGUCAUGAGUACCAGUUAUAUAAAAAAAAUAUAUAUAUAAAAAUUAAACAAAUUCUAUCUGGCGCUCGAUAGUAUUAUUUUUUAAAUGCGAAAACCUUUAAACACUUAAAUUAAUCUUUGCAUGUAGCUCUUUACGAUACCUUGUUAAUGUACGUCAUAAGUUGAAGUUUUCUUUUUGACUUUUGGUAUGUCAUGAACAUAAUUUAACCACAAUAUCCAUGAAUUAUCAACUAUUUGUACUUGCCUGUUUCCCUGGUCUUCCUUUGAAUAAAUAAAUGUAAAACGUU